AUGGACCGCUUCUUCAACAAGGCGAAAGAUCGCCUCGAGCAGGGCCUCAAAGAGGUCCAGCAGCAUGCCCAGUCUGCCCUCAACCUCGGUGACAAAGAGCACUCCCAUACGCACGAUGGAGCAUGCGACCACCACCAUGACAACUACAACUCGAGCAACCGUUUCCAGUCCUUUGCUCCCCAGACCUCUGGCGACGUGAAGUGGUACGUGGAUGGUGCCUCGUACUUCUGGGCCGUGUCUAUGGCACUUGAAAAUGCAAAGGAGAGCAUCUACAUCUUGGAUUGGUGGCUGAGCCCGGAGCUCUACUUGCGUCGCCCCCCUGCACACAAUGAGCGCUACCGCCUUGACAAGAUGCUCCACGCUGCCGCAGAACGCGGUGUAGACGUGCGGAUCAUCGUGUACAAGGAGGUCGCAGCCGCCCUGACCUGUGAUUCUGCUCACACCAAACACGCCCUUGAGGGCCUACACCAGAACAUCAAGGUGUUCAGACACCCUGAUCACACGCCAAACUCUAAAGAGGUCAUCUCUGGCUUCUCGGGUCUGUCUAUCAAGACCUACAAGCCUGGUGAUCUGGCCAAAGCCUCGACAGGCGCUCUUGCCUCUAUCUAUGGCCAAUUUGGCGACACGGUCUUGUAUUGGGCCCACCACGAGAAGCUUUGUGUGGUUGACCGUCGCGUGGCAUUCAUGGGUGGUCUUGAUAUGUGUUUCGGACGAUGGGACACGAUGUCGCAUCCGAUCAGUGAUGCCCAUCCCGGUAAUUUGGACAAUAUCAUCUUCCCAGGGCAGGAUUUCAACAACGCUCGUGCAUUCGAUUUCGAGGGUGUCAACGAUUGGAAUCACCCUAACAAGCUUGAUCGCUCCAAGAAUGGCAGAAUGGGCUGGUCUGACAUCACCGUCUCCAUGGUUGGGCCCAUCGUUACCAACCUGCUCGAUCACUUUGUCGAUCGGUGGAACUUCAUCCAGGAUGAGAAAUAUUCGAAGAAAGAUGCCGGCAAGUACAACAAGCUCAGCAUUGAAGGUGGCGCCGUCGUCGAGGAGCAUCACAUUCCCCGCAACAUGCACGAGAUGCAUGGGCGGUUCCGGAGAUUCAUGGGUGACGACGACGAUGAAGGCGAGCAGGGACGACAGCACGAUUCGCAGAGACGAACAGACGAGAGACACGAGAGUGCUGCUAUCCAGCUUUGCAGAAGCUGCUGUGAAUGGUCCGCCGGACAUCCUACCGAGCACAGCAUUGCAAAUGCAUAUAUGGAUGCUAUCACGAAUGCUAAGCAUUUUGUCUACAUUGAGAACCAGUUCUUCAUCACUGCUACUUCUGACGCUCAGAAGCCAGUGACGAACAAGAUCGGCCUUUGCAUCGUCAACCGCAUUGUCAAGGCCCACGAGGCUGGCGAAGACUUCCGCAUUGUCGUAAUCAUGCCUGCUGUUCCGGCUUUCGCAGGUGACCUCAAGUCCGACGGUGCUCUCGGAACGCGUGCCAUUUUGGAGUUCCAGUACCAGAGCAUCAGCCGCGGCGGCCACAGCAUCAUCGAGGUCUUGCAGCAGCGCGGCGUCACAGACUGGCAGCGAUACAUUGGCUUCUACAACCUGCGGAACUAUGACCGCCUCAACACCUCGUCCACGAUGCAGCGAGCCGAGGAGCAGAGCGGCGUGUCCUACGACCAGGCUCGCCAAGGCUACGACCAGCAGCACAAUGAAGGCCCGCCGCAGCGAACAGAGGCCUACAGCCGCUACCAGUACGCGGCUGCGAAGCAAGAGGAUAGCACUUGGGACACCGUCUCCAGCUGCUACAUGGAAGGCGGCAUGGACAUUCGUCAAGUCCCCUGGAAUGGAAGCCCCGAAGCCGAGAUGGACGCGUUCAUCUCCGAGGAGCUGUACAUUCACUCGAAGGUGCUUAUUGCCGACGACAGACUGGUCAUCUGCGGCUCUGCCAACCUUAACGACCGCUCGCAGCUCGGCAACCACGACUCUGAGAUUGCCGUCGUCAUUGAAGACCCCACUCCCGUUGAGAGCCGAAUGGCCGGACGCCCGUACACAGCCAGCAAGUUCGCCGCCUCGCUCCGCCGUCAGCUCUUCCGGAAGCACCUGGGCCUCGUGCCCGACCAGCGCUGGGACAAGCCAACGGCAGCCUGGACGCCCGUCGACGCCGACCCGCAGGACUACGACUGGGGCUCCAACAGCGACCGGCUGGUCGAGGACCCCCUGGGCCAGGACUUCCUGCGCCUCUGGUCCGACACGGCGCGCACAAACACCGAGGUUUUCAGCAAGGUGUUCCACCCGGUCCCCAACGACGCCGUGCGCAACUGGCAGCAGUACGACGAGUUCUUCAGCCGCCACUUUGUCAUCCCCGGCAACGAGUACAAGAACGGCGAGGACAAGGACCCCAACCGCGUGCCGUACGGGCACGUCGUCAAGUCCGAGUUCCCCGGCGGCGUCGGCGAGGUCAAGGACUGGCUGUCGCGGGUGCGCGGGACCUUGAUCGACUUCUCGCACGAGUUCCUGGUCGAGCUCGGCGACGACUUGGCCAUGGAGGGUUUCGGGUUGAACUUUGCCACCAAGGAAAUUUACACUUGA